AUGAACUUAAAGUAUCCACGUUUCCGUAUCUCAGUUGAUCGGGGAGGAACCUUUACAGAUGUCGUGGGGGACGUCACGUUUGAGGAUGGAACAACGCAUUGGAAGACACUCAAGCUGUUGUCGUGUGAUCCGCAGCACUACCCUGACGCUCCAAGUGAAGGUAUUCGACGCAUUAUGCGUUGCUAUAUCCCUGAUGUGGUGCCUGCUAGAGGUUUGAUAGAAAACGAAUACCUGGACGAGGUCCGCAUGGGAACCACAGUCGCCACGAAUGCGCUUCUGGAGCACAAUGGGGAGCGGUCUGUGAUGGUUUUAACAGAGGGUUUUGCCGACAUUUUGGAUAUUCGCGAUCAGGCCCGUCCUUCCAUCUUUGCUCUGCACAUUAAGAAGAAUCCUGUUCUUGCGGAAUGCACCGUGGAGGCCAAGGAGCGUGUACGCAUAAUUUCAUUAAAAGAAGCAAGAUCCACAAUACCGUGGCCCAAGGAAUGGAUUAAAUGCGGGGAGAGCUACAUUGCAGAUGUCGUGCGGCCCCUGGAGAAGGAUGACCUGCGACAAAAGCUUCAGAAAGCAUAUAAUGACGGGAUUCGAAGUGUUGGAGUGUCACUGCUGCACUCUUAUGCAUACAGUAAGCAUGAAGAAGAGGUUAAAGAGAUUGCAAAGGGAAUUGGAUUUACAAAUAUUAGUCUCUCCUCCGAGCUGAUGGCACUCAUGAAGUACGUUCCGCGGUCUACGACGGCUUCUGUGGAUGCAUAUCUUACUCCAUUGAUAUUUAAUUAUAUCAGGAGCUUUCGAGCCAAUUUUAAGCAUAAUAUGCUAGGGACACGGCUAUAUUUUAUGCAAAGUGACGGCGGUCUCACGAGUGCGGAUGAUUUCUUUGGGUUCCGAUCGGUUCUCAGUGGUCCAGCAGGUGGUGUCAUGGGGUGUGCACGAUGCGCCGUGCAGGAUCUUGGGGAGCAUGUGCAGGUCGUUGGGAUUGACAUGGGUGGCACCAGCACCGACGUCUCUCGCUGUGACGGGGAAAGUGUCAGUCACAUUGUGGAGUCUGAGAUCUCCGGGAUCCAAUUGCAUGCCCCGCAGGUAAGAGUGCAUACAGUUGCGGCAGGUGGUGGCUCCUUGUUGAAAUGGGAAAAUGGCAUCUUUUGUGUGGGUCCUGGGUCGGCUGGCUCUCACCCAGGCCCGGCGUGCUACGGAAAGGGUGGCCCUCUUACCGUGACAGAUGCCAAUUUGGUGCUGGGACACCUCAAUACGGAGUUUUUUCCCCGCGUGUUUGGUCUCCAUGCGGAUGAGCCGCUACAUGUAAAUGCCGCAAAGGCGCUGUUUGAAACCCUCACUGAAAAAAUAGCCAAUGACACGGGAAAGCCAUGGACAGUUGAGGAAGUGGCCCACGCUUUUGUUGUUGUCGCGAACGAGACGAUGUGUCGACCCAUUCGAAACAUUACCGAAGCGAAUGGAUACUCCUGUCCAAGCCACACGUUGGCGGUCUUUGGUGGCGCAGGUGGACAACACGCCUGUGCUAUCGCCAGGAGCUUGGGUAUGGCACGAAUUUAUUUUCAUCCGCUGGCCUCCUUGUUGAGUGCCGUGGGAGUAAGUAUGACAGACAUAGUACAGGAACGCAUCAGCAGUUCUCAGAUUUACAUUAAUCAGAAGAACGCAGAGGCUGCCAUUCAGGAACAGUUUAGGUCUAUAGCAACAUCUGCCAAAGAAGAACUUCAACGGUUAGGGUUUGAUGACGAUCACAUUGUCCUUGAGCAUUACCUCAGCAUGCGGUAUGAGGGCACUUCCACCAGCAUUAUGGUGCUGUUAGAUGGUACAUUUGAGGAUCAGACUGUGGAAAGUGGGGAGAGCGAUGGUGCUGGAAAUUUGAUGCACCGAGUUAAAGCGAAUUUUACCCAUUGUUACGAGCAGCAAUUUGGGUUUCUCCUAAUGAAGCGAGAAAUCAUGGUUGAUGCUGUUCGCGUCCGAGGGCGAGGCGUGCAGAUAGGGAAAGAGGCCCGUGCUCGCAUAGCACAACAAAAACAAAAUUCAGCGGUACAUCAGCCGCCAUAUUCGACUCGGGUAAAACUCGCGCCAAGGCCGAUAUCGACGAUGAAAACAUAUCUCUCAAAUGGAUGGGAAACGGUGAAUGUCUACAUUGUCAAUGCAGAUAAUGGUCCAGUUGAAGGGCCUGCCGUGCUUGUCGGGAAAGGCACCAGCAUUCUGUUGGAAUCCAAUUCUAUAGCGUACACCAAUGACAGCGGUUCUCUUAUCAUUCACACAUCGCAACUCAUUGAAAAGAUCUCCACUGCAUUGCAUCCGCUCCACCUUUCUAUUUUUUCUCACCGAUUUAUGUCCAUUGCGGAACAGAUGGGAAAUGCCCUGCAACGCACGAGCAUCUCAACAAACAUUAAGGAGCGUCUGGACUUUAGCUGUGCGAUUUUUGACAAAAAUGGAAAUUUGGUGGCAAAUGCUCCGCAUAUUCCUGUUCACCUUGGAGCUAUGGGUGCGGCGAUAAGAUGGCAGCGUGAAUAUUAUGGAGAUCAAUGGCGGGAGGGGGAAAUGCUGCUUAGUAAUCAUCCUGCAUGUGGUGGUAGUCAUUUGCCCGAUAUUACAGUUAUGUCUCCCUUUUUCUUUAGGGGAGAAGUUAUUUUCUAUGUUGCUUCUCGAGGACACCAUGCUGAUGUGGGAGGAACGACACCUGGAUCCAUGCCACCAUUUUCAAAGACUUUACAAGAGGAGGGUGCAGCCAUAAAAACCGUGAAACUUAUCGAAGAUGGCAUAUUUCAAGAAGAACGUAUUCGAGAAUUACUCUUGAAGCCCGGAAAAUGCACAAGAAUGUCGGGUUGCCGUACCUUGGAAGACAGCAUUUCUGACUUGCACGCACAGGUAGCUGCGAAUAAGCGAGGUAUGCAACUGUUAAAAGAACUGAUGGAAACUUAUGGAUAUGAGGUUGUUCAAGCAUACAUGGGUUACAUACAGGACCUUGCUGAAGCUUCUGCCCGAGACGCUCUCAAGCGGGUAGCAAAGUUUUAUGGCACAACUCUCCCUUCUGUGGAUUACAUGGAUGACGGUUCAGAGAUUCGUCUGAAAAUUGAAAUUGACCCUGAAACGGGGUCAUCUUGCUUUGACUUUACUGGGACGAGCAGCCAAGUUCUGAAUUCUACGAAUUGUCCUACGGCGGUCGUUUAUUCGGCUAUCAUCUACUGCAUUCGAUGUAUUGUUGACGCGGAUAUUCCGCUUAAUCAAGGUUGUAUGAGACCGAUAAGGGUUGUGCUCGAACGAGGCUCUAUUCUUUCUCCUGACGAUGAACUUCCGGUGGUUGCAGGGAACGUGUUGACCAGUCAGCGGGUAACAGAUGUCAUCUUUACGGCUCUACGUGCGGUAGCAUGCAGUCAUGGCUGUAUGAACAACUUCACUAUGGGGUCCUCCGACGUUGCUUACUAUGAGACCAUAUGCGGUGGAAGUGGUGCAGGUGAUGGGUUUAAUGGAGCUUCUGCAGUGCAUACACAUAUGACAAACACACGAAUGACUGACCCAGAGAUACUUGAAACACGCUAUCCUGUAAUUCUGCGCUUUUUUCGAAUUCGUCGGGGAUCUGGUGGAAAAGGGAAAUACAAGGGUGGCGAUGGUGUGGUGCGCAGCUUCUUAUUCUUGCAGGAUCUGACCGCCGUUCUGCUUACUGAGCGACGCGUGUUGGAGCCGAAGGGAUUAUUUGGUGGUGGCAAUGGCAUGAAAGGAUUGAAUAUGGUGUACGUCCCUAAUGAGGACACGGCUGCACGUUGGUCGGUUUCACCACAAGAGAUGCUUCACGACGUGAGGCGAGGAGAAUGGACGCGGGAGGAGGAAACACGCUCUUCUGAUGGCUGCGCCGUCUACCGCGCAAGAAAUGCGGGCGGGAAGAAUGUUCUUGCGGUAAGGUGUGGUGACAUACUCACCAUCCAUACAGGCGGUGGUGGCGGGUGCUAUCCAGAAGAGGCGAAACAAGAGAAUAAGCGAGGUACGAUUCAUGACUAUGGUGUGUGA